AUAUAGAAUUAUGGUAAACGACUCUUACAAUGGAUGCAGUGUAUGUUUGCUUAUGUUAAACUGCGCCCGUUAUCACACUAAAAAGAGAAUUAAAGUUGCAUUUCAAACGACGAUAUCGUGUGUAUAGUUCCUACUUGUAAUUGAUUGCUUCUCUGAUCGAGGCAGAAAAGAAACGCCGGCGAUGUUAAGAUAGAUUAUUAUCAUUAAUGUGUUUUUGAGUUAUUUAUAAUGGCGAAAUUCUUAAAAUCUUUCUUUCAAACUGAGAAGAGGAGCCACAGUUACGAAGGUAGUUCAGAAGAUGACCGUAUGGACCUCCCCUCUACUAUGGAAGGAAGGAGAAAACUAUCUGUAUCUCGCUCUGGACGAAUGAAGCAGGCGCAGAAGAAAAGACUUUCAUUGAGUUUGGAUAUCUAUGGAAAUGACACUCUUCAGAUGCCGGAAAAGCCUAAAAAAAUGGAGUAUCAUGUGAACCCAAUAACCUCUACAGCAAACUUCACCAAUCAGAGACGACGGAGCGGCGAUUCCAAAACGUCUUCAGAAAGCGAUAAGAGUAUUAAAUCAGAGGAGAAAAAUGACCCCAAAACGACGGAGAUUGUUCAAGACGCUAAACAAAGGAAAAUGGACAUUGUAGAGAAAGUGAAGACUCCAGAAGAGGAAAUAGAUACAGCUUUCCAAAUAAUAGAUAAUACAUUAUCGUAGUUGCUGUUUAUAGAAAUUGUGAGUGAAUGUGAAAGAGUUUUAUUUUACACUACACUACAAGUGUGAAUUUAUAAUUUAAUUUUAAACUUUUUUGCGUAAAUAAUCUAUUAAAACUUCCCAUGAAGGUUAAGCAAUGUUAAAUAUGUUCUCGAAAUGAAAAAUAAAACACCGA